AUGUAUGGUGCAGCGCAGGUAACUAUAGCCAUUCCCAUCAUCCUCAAUUCACCAUGGACAGUAGACUCAUUGAUCGCCUGGUCCGACACGAAUCGUCCUACUCUCCUCCCCGUCUGCGCCUCGACCCCCGCCGAUCUCCUGACUCCUUCUGCCGUGUACCUGAAGCUCUCGUCAGGAGCGACGGUCGAAUACUCAUUUCUCCUGGAAAGCGCAACUGGCAGUACCGAGACUGUUGGACGGUAUAGCUUCAUCGGUGCCAACCCCCGAAAAGUCUUGACAACCGGCGACGGCUACGGCCAUGUUGGUGACCCUCUCCGAGCCCUCGAGGCCGAACUCUCCAAAGACCGAGUCCUCGACAUUCCCUCCCUACGACUUCCCAAGCUUUCCGGCGGUGCCGUGGGUUACGUCUCGUACGAUUGCAUCAAGUACUUUGAGCCCAAGACCGAACGACCGCUCAAGGACAACCUCAAGAUCCCCGAGGCUUUGUUCAUGCUGUUCGACACCAUUAUUGCUCUCGAUCACUUCCGCUCGACUCUGACUAUCGUCACCCACAUGAAACUUCCCGCGAACCCCUCGGAUGAUCUCCAACCCGCCUACGAUGAGGCCUGCGCUACGCUGCGAAAGACUCUCGACAUCAUCUACCAACCUGAUACUCCCCUUCCUACCCAGACAUCGGGCCCUCAAUCAGACUCGGAGCUACAGUACUCGUCAAAUGUUGGCCGAAAGGGUUACGAGACGUUUGUCACAGAGCUCAAGAAGUACAUUGUCAAGGGAGACAUUAUCCAAGCUGUGCCGUCACAAAGGUUUUCACGCAGCACAAAGCUUCACCCCUUCAACAUUUACAGGACUCUUCGGACGCUGAAUCCUUCACCUUAUGUGUUUUUCCUUUCAUGCGCCGACUUUCACAUUGUCGGUGCUUCACCUGAGUGUCUCAUGAAGACUGAUGGAUAUGCCCCUCUCCCUGCGGACUCUCGGUUUGGCUACACCGCGGCCGAGGCUCGCUCACGGCCUCGUAUUGUUAACCAUGCUAUUGCUGGUACUAUUCACCGUGGAAAGAAUGCCGCUGAGGAUGAUGAGCUUGCGACUCAGCUUCAGGCUUCUAAGAAGGACCGCGCUGAGCACGUCAUGCUUGUUGACCUUGCUCGUAACGAUGUGAACCGAGUCUGCCACCCUACCACAGUCAAGGUUGACCGAUUGAUGAGAAUCGAUCGAUUCUCUCACGUUCAGCACUUGACCUCUGAGGUUUCGGGCGUUUUGCGCCCUGAGUGCACACGCUGGGACGCCCUUCGAUCCAUCUUCCCCGCUGGAACUGUAUCAGGCGCCCCCAAGAUCCGAGCCAUGGAGCUGAUCUACGACCUAGAGCAGGAGAAGCGAGGAAUCUACGCAGGCGCCGCCGGCUGGUUCGGCUAUGACGUCGUAAGGGUGGAUGACAACAGCAAGCCCGAGGAGAAGAUCUUUAUGGAUGAGGGACCCAUGGACACUUGCAUCGCCAUCCGCACCAUGCUCGUCAAGGACGGGGUUGCGUACAUGCAGGCAGGUGGUGGCAUUGUCUAUGACAGCGACCCUACGGACGAGUGGAUGGAGACGAUGAACAAGUUGUCGGCCAACCUUCGCUGUGUGGAGUUGUCAGAGAAGUACUUUGGGGAGGGGGUCAGCACUAAGACUGUCGAGGAGAUUAUUGCUGAGGAGAGGAGGAAAGGAGAGAAAGAGGUCAAGGCGGCUGAAAACUGA